AGAGCUGCUUCGCCUUGCCCCGCCUCUUCCCUCCCUAUAAGUCUGUCGAGAUUCUCCUCGCGAGAGACUUCGUUCAUUCAUGCUCGCGGCCGGGGUCGGAGGUCAUAGUGAGCGUCUAGGAGGCCGAAGGAGGAAGAUGGCAGUGGAGUCCCGCGUCACUCAGGAGGAAAUUAAGAAGGAACCGGAGAAGCCUAUUGACCGGGAGAAGACGUGCCCGCUGCUUCUGCGGGUCUUCACCACUAAUAACGGCCGACACCACCGAGUGGAAGAGUUCUCCCGAGGAAACGUGCCUUCGAGCGAGCUGCAGAUCUAUACCUGGAUGGAUGCAACCUUGAAAGAAUUGACUAGUUUAGUAAAGGAGGUCUACCCAGAAGCUCGAAAGAAGGGUACACACUUCAAUUUUGCUAUUGUUUUUACGGAUCUUAAAAGACCUGGUUAUCGAGUGAAAGAGAUUGGCAGUACUAUGUCUGGCAGAAAGGGAACUGAUGACUCUAUGACCCUACAGUCUCAGAAGUUCCAAAUAGGAGAUUAUUUGGAUAUAGCAAUCACUCCUCCAAAUCGGGCACCACCUCCCUCAGGACGCUUGAGACCAUAUUAAACUUUACUAUUUCUUGCAUUUGUUUGACAUCGUGUCAAUAUCAGCUCUUCUCUUUAUUGCCUUUAAGCUUUGGAAGCCCUAAACUUAUUUUUAAAUCAUCUGUUUUAAGAAUUAAACAUUGGCUAUGUUCUAGUGGUUAUUGUGUAAAUAUUGACAGAUGAGGUGCCAUGUUUCAAAUCCUGUAUCAAACAUAAAGAAUAUAAAAGUGCUCUUAGCAUUCUGAUUGAAAGUGUCUUGCUAAAAUACACAUGUAAUUAAACCAAUUCUGUAACAUGAAACAAUACUGGGGAACAUGAGAUGUCCAAAGUACUUGAUUGUUGUAAUGUGAAAUACAAGCCCGAUAGCUCCAACCCUCAUAUCUCACAUUUUAGUUAGAGAAACUUAGCAGAUUCUAGAGAGAAGUGAUAAGAAAAGUGAGUUGGGAUUAAGACAAAGUCUAGACUGGAACUUGAAUGGGUGUCAGUUUUGAAAGUGGCAUUGGUAGAGAGGUAGAGCAAAGGAACUUGAGGUAAGCUGACCAACAAUGGUAAUCUGUGGUAUGUGAUGAAGUAGGACCUAAGAAUCUGCUAAGAGAUAUUGGGGAGGUAGACCAAAUUUUAGAAGUGGAAAUAUGCAAGACAGAAGGGAAAGGAUAGAUUGGAUGAAGGAACUCAGUGGACUAAACUGCAAUAAUUCAAGUAUGGAAGACAGCAUGGUUUAAUGCAAAGUUUCUUAAACUUGUGAUCCCAAAUGGAGUUGCAUAACAAUGUGGGGAUUGCAAAAGUAUGACUCUCAAUAAAUGAUUUAUAUACCUAUAAA